AUGGACCUUAAAGUAGUGGCUGCAAUUGUUUUUGAUGGCGCCUUAGACCCGAGCGAGGAACUUGUUGCACUGCAUGACACAAGUUUAAGCAGAGGCAACCUCACCUCUUUCCAAGGAGACAGCUGGAUUGGCAAUCAUGUGGUGGAUGCGUAUUGUAGAGUGCUGCAAUUCGAUGAUGCAUCAAGGACCAAACUCUAUCUAUGGCCCUACAUAGCGGAAAUGGUAAUGCGUUCCAAUGGCAAACAUUUGAUGCGGGAAGGAGUAAUUGGCCGUUAUGAGCGAUAUUUGUUUCCCAUCGAUGUUUCCUAUCAGAAUGUUAAUGAGGUGUACUUACCGGUCCUUCUAAAAAACCAUUGGUCGUUGUAUGUUUAUGACAUCCAUAACAAACGAAUCCAGCUCUUGGAUUCUCGACCUGGAAGGAGAAGGAGUAGUAUGAAUGGGAUACAACAAAAUUUGGCCAAGGUUGUUCUAUGGCUUGUUGCCUACAAGAAACAAAUGGUUGAUGUAGACUUCAAGAUGUUCCGUUUUGUCAUGCCAGACGUACCAAGUCAACCAAAUGACAAUGACUGCGGAGUAUUUGUUAUGAAAUUCAUGGAGAAUUGGUCUAAUGGAGGCCUCUCCAAAUCCGUCGAUGUGGGCAAGAUUAACAAGUAUAGAUUGAAGAUAUUAGGGAGAUUGUUGCUUUCUGCACAUAAUGCCCAUCGACAUCGCUUUCUCGUGGAUUGA